GGGGGGUGGCGCGGGGAUCGGCGACAGCCUCCCGGAGGCUGUCGUUCCCUUACUCAGCUCCCCCUCCGCCCGCUGGGAUUCUCUCGGGUAAGGGGAAAGGGGGCGGGGAGCAGAGGUGUCCCUCUGACGGCGGCAGAAGAGGCAGACAGACUGACAGACACGUAGACCAACAGUGCAGCCCCAGGGUUCAUCCCCAGACUCGCACACUCUUUUGGUGGUGACUGGGGCUCAGCGCAGCGCAGCCCGAUGUGGUCCGGAGGCGGUGGGAAGGCGCGGGGCUGGGAGGCCGCAGCGGGAGGGAGGAGCAGCCCCAGCAGGCUCAGGUGAAACCCCCGCUCCCUGUACCUCAGCCCCCUCUCCCCAAAGACCAGCCUCUGACCCUGGAACCCCGUCCGAAUUGGACCGCGGUUCCACUUUGUAACUCCUCAAGUUGGUUGCAAAGCAGCAUUCACCUUCCUUCCUCCUUUCCAUCCCUCCUCUUAGGUUACUCUCUACCCCACCUCUGGCCCUCCCGCUCUCGGCUCCCUCCUCCUUUCCCUCCCCCGCCUUUUCCUCGCGCGCCACAGGCACCCCACAAAAAUGGGGGUGGGGGUGUCUAAGGGAGGGGGAAAGUAAUGCUUUGGCUCUCUCUCUCUCUCUCUCUCUCUCUCUCUCUCUCUCUCUCUCUCUCUCUCUCUCUCUCCCUCCCUCCCUCCUUUCUCUCUUUGAGACCUAAAAAUCCUGACAAGUGAAGCUUAAAGGUGUUUACCUUGUCAUCAGCAUGUAAGCUAAUUAUCUCGGGCAAGAUGUAGGCUUCUAUUGUCUUGUUGCUUUAGCGCUUAUGCCCCGCCUCUGGUGGCUGCCUAAAACCUGGCGCCGGGCUAAAACAAACGCGAGGCAGCCCCCGAGCCUCCACUCAAGCCAAUUAAGGCGGACUCGGUCCACUCCGUUACGUGUACAUCCAACAAGAUCGGCGUUAAGCCGACGCCGAAUCAUGUCGAUGAGUCCAAAGCACACGACUCCGUUCUCAGUGUCUGACAUCUUGAGUCCCCUGGAGGAAAGCUACAAGAAAGUGGGCAUGGAAGGCGGCGGCCUCGGGGCUCCGCUAGCAGCAUACAGACAGGGCCAGGCGGCCCCGCCGGCCACCGCCAUGCAGCAGCACGCCGUGGGGCACCACGGCGCCGUCACCGCCGCCUACCACAUGACGGCGGCGGGGGUGCCCCAGCUCUCGCACUCCGCUGUGGGGGGCUACUGCAACGGCAACCUGGGCAACAUGAGCGAGCUGCCGCCUUACCAGGACACCAUGCGGAACAGCGCUUCGGGCCCCGGAUGGUACGGCGCCAACCCAGACCCGCGCUUCCCCGCCAUCUCCCGCUUCAUGGGCCCGGCGAGCGGCAUGAAUAUGAGCAGCAUGGGCGGCCUGGGCUCGCUGGGGGACGUGAGCAAGAACAUGGCUCCGCUGCCUAGUGCGCCCCGCCGGAAGCGCCGGGUGCUCUUCUCCCAGGCGCAGGUGUACGAGCUGGAACGGCGCUUCAAGCAGCAGAAGUACCUGUCGGCGCCGGAGCGUGAGCACCUGGCCAGCAUGAUCCACCUGACACCCACGCAGGUCAAGAUCUGGUUCCAGAACCAUCGCUACAAGAUGAAGCGCCAGGCCAAGGACAAGGCGGCGCAGCAGCAACUUCAGCAGGACAGCGGCGGCGGCGGCGGAGGUGGCGGGGGAGCGGGAUGCCCACAGCAGCAGCAAGCUCAGCAGCAGUCACCGCGCCGGGUGGCCGUGCCGGUCCUAGUGAAAGACGGCAAACCCUGCCAGGCGGGCGCCCCUGCGCCGGGCACCGCCAGCCUGCAAGGCCACGCGCAGCAGCAAGCUCAGCAGCAGGCACAGGCGGCUCAGGCGGCUGCCGCGGCCAUCUCGGUAGGCAGCGGUGGCGCCGGUCUAGGAGCACACCCAGGCCACCAGCCGGGCAGCGCUGGCCAGUCCCCGGACCUGGCGCACCACGCAGCCAGCCCCGCAGCACUGCAGGGCCAAGUCUCCAGCUUAUCCCACCUGAACUCCUCCGGCUCGGACUAUGGUGCCAUGUCCUGCUCUACCUUGCUUUAUGGUCGGACCUGGUGAGAUGAGACGUGGGACCUGCAGAGCCUCACCACUUCGUCUCUGCCCGCCAUAAAGACCACCACUCGCCCGCUGCUCUACGCGCUUCGACUUUUCUUAAGAACCUGUUUGUGUUUAGACCAAGGAAAAGUACGCAAAGACCAAACUGGACGCCUUCUUCUACUUCUCCUUCUUCUCCUUCUCCUUCUUUCUUCUCCUUCUUCUCUUUCUCCUCGACACCCUUUUCCCUUCAUCCUCCCUUCUUCCUUUUCUCUUUCCUAUCUAAAACUUGUGGAUUAUUUUUAACAUAAAAAGAAAAUAGAAACAGCCAAGCAAAUCCGGCCCCUUAUGGAUUCUUUAAGCAGAGAACAAACACAGGGUAUCUUUCUGGUGGUUCAAAUGGGUUCCCCGGCUUGGGCAUGGCAUAGUUUUGGAAUCUGCUCUUCAGGCACCAUGGCCCCGGACUCUAAAGACGGAAAACUUCCCUCUGGACGUACUCUACCAGCAAAGUGGGCUUGCUUGUAAAUAUCAGGAUUUCUCUCUCUCUCUCUCUCUCUCUCUCUCUCUCUCUCUCUCUCUCUCUCUCUCUCUGUCUGUCUCUCUCUGUCUCUCUCCCCCCCCUUUUUUUUUCCUCCAGAAGGAGGACAGGGGCUGGGAAGGGGAAAGAUUCACUACACAACCCACUCGUACCUGACACAAAGGAAGUGCCCCUUCCCUCGCGCCCUCUGGCCCUAUAGGUUCAGUCCAGGCUGGCCCCUCAGAAAUUGUUUUAGGUUUGAUGUGAACAUGUAGCUGUAAAAUGCUGUCAAAAGUUGGACAAAAUGCCUAGUUUUUAGUAAUCUGUACAUUCUGUUGUAAAAAGAACCCCAGCCCCGGUCCCCGGCCCCUCACUUUUUUAAGGGCAUCGACAAACCUGUGUAUAUUAUUUGGCAGUUUGGUACUUGCAGCAUCAGUCUUCUUCUUUUCUUUUUUCUUUUUUCUUUCUUUUUUUUUUCUGUUGUAACUUAUGUAGAUAUUUGGCUUAAAUAUAGUUCCUAAGAAGCUUCUAAUAAAUUAUACGAAUUAAAAGAUGUU